AUGCGCGGCGCGAUCGCGCAGCCGGCCGCGCUCGCGACGGUGCUCUGGCUUGUCGGGGAAAAUCUUCCCUACCACGUCGUCAUGGCGGCCGCCGCGCCCGAUUGCUUUCGGGUGUUUGUCCAAAAAUUUACUUCCCUUGAGCCGAACGUGAAGGAGGAGGUGCUGCGGUUGGGGUGUAAGGUCUGGCUCCAUCUCGACGGCACGGGAGAGCUCGUGGAGCGAUUUAGAAAGAUCUUCGCCUUCGCGUUGGAGCUUGCGAAGUAUGACGACUACUACGCGAUCCGAGACCACGCACGGAUCUUCGAGUGUGCGUUGGAGCGCGAAAGCGACACUUUCAAGGCGCUUAAGACGACACUUUUAGGCGAAAAGAGUCCUCCGAUGGUGAAUGAAUCAGAUCCUGAGUGUUCCGGGUAUGAACUUGGAACCUUUUCUCAGUUAUGGGGACAUCCCGUCGGGCCCUAUGAGGAGCUCCCUGCAUGGCGUGUGGAGCCACCGGAUGAUACGGUGCGUAUUUCCUUAGAGGAAGCCGCUUUGGAGUCAAAAUUCGCACAAGACGACAACCUCACGACCUGUUCUUCUGACUCCUUAAGUUUUCACGAUGACCCCAGGGAGAAGACGAGCAGCGAUAGCAAUUCUGACACAAACAGCAGCGGUAGCGCAUCGAGAAGUGUUGAGUCCAGUGUGGAGACAUCUGAAAUGUUUGAAGAAAUAAAAAGCGACUCCUUACCCCCCGGCACCUGUCGUGAAGGCGCACAGGAUUUCAAUGCUUCGUCUUUAAACAGCAGGGCGCCUUCAGCAGCAGGAGGAAAAAUUAUCGUGAGAUUCAGCAAACACGUUAACCCAGCGGUAACAUCUUCAACAAUGAAGUCACCAACGGAGGCCGCACCACAAAUUACCCAAACUUCGCAAACACUGUGCGAUGCCCCUAACCAGACCGAUGCCAAGUGUGCGGAAUCACUAGAAACUGAAGGCCAAAACUUAGCUCCUAAUUAA